AUGCUCGACGAAAACCUGCCCACCUUUCGGUUGAAGCCAUCCUCCGAUAACCCGCAUUCGAGUCUCCUCUAUUUCACCCAGAACGGUUCCGAACCAGCGGCCGAGUACCUGUUACGGCGGGCAGACCCGGCGCUGCCCGCUUCGCGUAGCAAGUACGGGAUUGCAAUAUGCGACCCUUAUAACACCGACGUCAUCUACGGAGAGGUGACGGUUGAACCCGAGUGGUCACAGCCGACCCUCUCUGCUGCCGAGAUCCGCGCACAAGCCCAGGCCGGCGCGCCCCCAGCGCCGGCUGUGGCGCUUGUCCCAGACAGCUUUACGGUUCAGCUGUACAACCCCGACCAGUCGGUAGCCGUCAAGAUGGUGACUGGGUCAUGGGGCAAGAGCGAUACCUGGGAGUUUGAGCUGCCCGUCCAGACCUUUCGCAAGCCCACGCUCAGUGCGCUGGAUCGCGAGCAGCAGGACACCUCCCCUGCGGCUGCCGAUCUGAUCCCGCGCGUCAUGUUUCGGUGGAAGAAGGACGGUCUGCUGAGCAAGGAUAUGACAUGCUACAUGACGGGACAGCGCCUCGGCACGCGCAAGAGCAAGGAGCCCGAUAUCACCAUCGGCCUGUUCAAGGCCGCCCGUGAGAGCAUUUUGACAGUCUACCAGCCGAACCUACAUCGGUGUCGAGGUCGAAGAUCGCAAAGGCCUCGAACUGGUUCUCCUGGCGGGGGAAGUCCGGCACCGAUCGCGGCGAAGAGGAAGAACUCCCGCCCGGCUGUCAACCUCUCCCCGGUAGGCCCAGCCGUGAUGUCCGGCGCCCUGGCCAACAUCACCCCUGCACAACCCGCACCCUCACAACCCGCACCGGCGCAACAAAGCACCAACACCACCAAGCCCGCCGUGAACCCGGAAAUCGACGCCGAAACCCGCCGCCUGCAAGCCCUGGUCGAGCGUGAGCAACGCGAGCGCGAAAAGGCGGAGCGCGCCGAGCAGAAGCGCAUCAAGAAGAUGAUCGAAGACGAAGAAAAAGAACGCCGCCGCCGCGAGGCCGAGAUCGCCAAGGAGACAGAGCGCCUUCGCAAAAUGGGGCCGCUGGUGGGCUGCAGCAGUUGCAGAACCCAAGGGCAGAGGCCGUCGGGCCGGAGGAAGUCUGAGGAUGAGAAGGCGAAGGUGCGGAAGAAGAGGAGUUCGCAUUGGUAG